AUGGAUGAUGGCUGCUUCGUGGCCAUCCUGUACUGCUUCAUGAGUUCCGAGGUCAAGCUGGAGCUGAAGAAGCACUGGGCGACGUGGCGCUACGCCAACAUGGGCGUGUCCACCAACUCCGGCCGCAGCCGCUCCAACCACGGCAAGAGCUACAGAAGUAUGGGCAGGAGCUCUGUGCAGAGCACUACUCUGAUGGAUAGGCCGUCGGAGACCGGACAGAGUCGCAACACGUCCCCGCUCGUCAGGUCUGUCACCGACAGGAGCUCACCGCGUCAGCUCAGCGUGGCCGAGCCCAUCAAGGAGGUCAGCUGGGAGGAGUCCCGGGCGCCAGCCGACAUCGCCCCGAAGUGGAUGCCCAACCCGAACUGA